GCUAGUGAAGCUGGACUCUCUCUCCCAUUCCAUAGGGAGUGAGCUGGGCAGUCCUUGCUCCCCACGUCCACCUGCACUUCGUUAGAGAGCAGAAGGCUCACAUGCCACCACCCCACAAGAUCCCCACAAUGACAUAACUCCAUGCAGAGACUGGCGUGACUGGGCUGGGUUUCCCCCCUUCAGCUCUUGUAUCACUAAGAAUCUGGCAGCCAGUUCCGUCCUGACAGAGUGCACAGCAUAUAUUGGUGGAUUCCUGUCCAUAGUGCAUCUGCUUUAAGAAUUAACGAAAGCAGUGUCAAGACAGUAAGGAGGCAAAGCAUUUGUCGAACAUGAAUCCAGGUGUGUUUAUUCUCCUCUUGGCAUUAACUGGUGGUGCCAGUGGUUAUUACUAUGAGGAUUACGAUUUCCCUCUAUCGAUUUAUGGGCGAUCAUCACCAAAUUGUGCACCAGAAUGUAACUGCCCUGAGAGCUAUCCAACAGCCAUGUACUGCGAUGAGCUGAAAUUGAAAAGCGUGCCGAUGGUGCCUCCUGGAAUCAAGUAUCUCUACCUUAGGAAUAACCAGAUCGACCAUAUUGAUGAAAAGGCCUUUGAAAACGUAACUGAUCUGCAGUGGCUCAUUCUAGAUCAUAACCUUCUAGAAAAUUCCAAGAUAAAAGGAAGAAUUUUCUCUAAACUGAAACAACUUAAGAAGCUGCAUAUAAAUUACAACAACCUUACCGAGUCUGUGGGCCCACUCCCCAAAUCUCUGGUGGACCUGCAGCUUACACACAACAAGAUUACGAAGCUUGGCUCCUUCGAUGGACUGGUAAACCUGACCUUCGUCCACCUUCAACACAAUCAACUGAAAGAAGAUGCUGUUUCAGCUGCUUUUAAAGGUCUUAAGUCCCUCGAGUACCUUGACUUGAGCUUCAAUCAGAUGUCCAAACUGCCUUCUGGUCUCCCAGCAUCUCUUCUAACUCUCUACUUGGACAACAAUAAGAUUAGCAACAUCCCUGAUGAGUACUUCAAGCGUUUCAGUGGACUGCAGUAUCUACGUUUAUCCCAUAAUGAACUGGCUGAUAGUGGAGUACCUGGGAAUUCUUUUAACGUGUCAUCCCUGCUUGAGCUGGAUCUCUCCUACAAUAAGCUUAAAAACAUACCAACUGUCAAUGAGAACCUUGAAAACUAUUACCUGGAGGUCAAUGAACUCGAAAAGUUCGAAGUAAAGAGCUUCUGUAAGAUCCUGGGGCCAUUAUCCUACUCCAAGAUCAAGCAUUUGCGUUUGGAUGGCAACCCUCUCACGCACACCAGUCUGCCUCCCGAUAUGUAUGAAUGUCUACGUGUAGCAAAUGAAAUCACGGUUAAUUAAUAGCUACGAAUUCCAAUUCUGUUGAGGUGGAUCCCGGAGCAACAUUUUAUGGUUACAUUGGUGUGUGGGGGGUGUGUGUGUGUGUAUAUGUGUGUGUGUGUGUGUGUGUGUGUGUGUGUGUCACUUUUCAUAGUAUUCAUUUUUUGUUGCUGUUUAUUACUUCCACGAAUUUCAAAUUCUAAGGGAAAUGUUUUGUAAACAUUUUACCACUUUUUUUUAAAGAAAAGAUGAAAGGCAGGCCUAUUUCAUCACAAGCAGAGACACAGACGCACACAUAGACUACCAACUAAUGCUUUAUUUGUAAAUUUAGUGUUUUUUCCAUCUUUACUGUCAAAUGAUGUGCAGAAUCUUCUACUGGUUCUAUAGAAGUUAGGCCAGCAUCAAAAUUCCUAAAUUAUAACUCAAUGUGCCCAAAAGCAUGGGCUACCCACAUAUGAAUGUUUAGCGUCUUAAACCAAAUUAUCUCAGUGUUCAAAUUUCAACACUCAAAUUUGUUUAGCUGAAAAAUAGGUAGCAAAUUUUGAGACCAAUGAUUUUUCAAAAUACUAGACCAAAUUCAUGAAACCCCAUACAAAUAACGUGAUAUUUUCAGUAUUAAGGAUUUAUAUGGUUACCUAAUGAAACUUUUCUUUUCUAGAAUUAUUUUUUACUCUAAGUCAUGUGUAUGUUUCUUUUUAAUCAUUUGCAUGUUAUGUUUAACAAGCUAAUAGCAAAAUAAAACACAGCAAAUGGCAUCA